GUUUGGGUGAGAGAGCUAACAAAUGGUUAGCAGCAGUUUUCUGCGCUUCUUUUUCCAGCAUAGUCUAUAAGCAAGAAGACUUUAAGUGUAUUGAACUCUCUCUGUAAUAUAUUGGUCAAAUAUUCCUCCAGAGACGUUUAACUUUAGCGCAAGAUAAGGGCAAUGUAAUGUUAACUUAGUUUCUGAUGAUCCUAGCUAACGUUAGCAGGAAGCAUAGGUUACACUUAUUUAUCGGCUCAUGCUAAUGUUACAUGUAAAACUUUUUGGGUAGUUAACGGGAACUUAGAAAAAAUACCGUGAAAUACGUAAUGUGAAUUAGACAUUCAUAAGCAAAGAAAAUGUAAGUGAAAGCCUCACGUAAACUUUGAUGGAACUUACCUUAACGUUAUCCAUCGAUACUUGAUCGAGCUAUCGUAAAGUUGGACGGUCAUCACAUGUACACACAGCUGUGCUUAUCUUUUGAUAAUGACUCGUGCUGUCUACACCACAGAGUAUAAUAGACACAAUGCCUUGACAGUGCACUCAGUUUGUAGGAAUUGACGACUUUGGAAUAGUUGAACAGUUAGUUUAUUAGCCAAUCGCCAUGGCAAGUGCCUUAGCGGCGAAAAUGGGAUUUAACUCACUGAUGAGAAAACAAGCCAGGAACUUCAACGUCAGGAUCUGCACAAUGGAGUCAGAUAUGGAGUUCAGCUGCGAGGUCAAGUGGAAAGGAAAAGACCUUUUUGACUUGGUGUGCCGAACUCUGGGACUAAGGGAGACAUGGUUUUUUGGGCUUCGGUACAACGUCAAGGACACGGUUGCUUGGCUGAAGAUGGAACGGAGGGUUCUGGAUCAGGAGGUGCCAAAGGAGGAACCAAUCACCUUUCACUUCCUGGCCAAGUUUUACCCCGAAAAUGCUGAAGAGGAGCUAGUGCAAGAUAUCACCCAGCAUCUCUUCUUCCUACAGGUGAAGAAGAAGAUCCUGGAGGAAGAGAUCCACUGUCCACCCGAGGCCUCUGUGCUGCUGGCCUCCUACGCCGUCCAUGCCAAGUAUGGCGACUACGAUCCCAACAUUCACAAACCUGGCUUCUUGGCUGAGGAGGAACUGCUGCCAAAGAGGGUGAUUAACUUGUACCAGAUGACUGCAGAAAUGUGGGAGGAGAGGAUCACAGCGUGUUAUGCAGAGCACAGGGGCAGGACGAGGGAUGAAGCUGAGAUGGAGUAUUUAAAAAUAGCUCAGGACCUGGACAUGUAUGGCGUCAAUUACUUUUUAAUCAGGAAUAAAAAGGGAACAGAUCUUCUUCUGGGAGUGGAUGCCCUGGGUCUGCACAUCUACGAGCCGGACAACAGGCUGACACCCAAGUGCUCCUUCCCUUGGAAUGAGAUCCGCAACAUCUCCUACAGCGACAAGGAGUUUACCAUCAAACCCCUGGACAAGAAAACCAAUGUUUUCAAGUUCAACUCUUCACGGCUAAGAGUCAACAAGUUGAUCCUCCAGCUGUGUAUAGGGAACCAUGACCUGUUUAUCCGCCGCCGGCGGGUGGACUCGCUUGAAGUACAGCAGAUGAAGGCUCAGGCCAGAGAGGAGAGGGCCAGAAAACAGGUGGAGAGGCAGCAUCUGCAAAGGGAGAAGCAGCUGCGGGAGGAGGCAGAGAGAGCCAGGGACGAGCUGGAAAGGAGGCUGAUUCAGCUGCAGGAUGAGGCUCACAUGGCCAAUGAGGCACUGCUGCGAUCGGAGCAGACGGCGGACCUGCUGGCUGAAAAGGCCCAGAUCGCGGAGGAGGAGGCCAAGCUGCUGGCCCAGAAAGCUGCUGAGGCUGAGACAGAGAUGCAGCGCAUCAAAGUGACUGCCAUCCGUGGCCAGGAGGAGCGGCGGAUCAUGGAGCAGAAGAUGCUGGAGGCAGAGAUGCUGGCCCUCAAGAUGGCCGAGGAUUCAGAAAGGAGGGCCAAGGAGGCUGAGCAGCUGAAACAGGACCUGCAGGAAGCCAGGGAGUCUGAGCGCAGGGCAAAACACAAGCUGCUGGAGAUUACCAGCAAGGCUGUCUACACGUCCCCUGGACUGCAGCCUGACAACAUGCCUCCCGACCUGAGCUUCAGCAGGGAGAACCUCAGUUUUGACUUUAAAGAUACUGACAUGAAACGCCUCUCCAUGGAGAUCGAGAAGGAGAAGGUCGAGUACAUGGAGAAGAGCAAACACCUGCAGGAGCAGCUGAAUGAGCUGAAGACGGAGAUUGAAAGUCUGAAGCUGAAAGAGAGGGAAACUCCUUUGGACAUCAUUCACAACCAGAACACCGAGCAGGGAACCAGCAAGCACAGCAACUUUAAAAAGCUAACACUACAGAGCACCAAGUCCAGGGUGGCCUACUUUGAGGAACUCUAAACUACAUACCUGUAAAGGUGGAGAUGCACAACUGCCAAGAACCUCAUGAUUCUACAUUCCUGGCCACACUACAGAGCAAGGCUUUAUGGUCCGUGUCCUGGGAAACCGCUAUGAAACACUACGGGCAAUGAAAAAUGACCACUGCCUUGACCUGCACCAACUCUUCCUGCACUCAAUCUGGGAUUCAUAAAAAAAUGAGUGUGUGUUUACACUUAGAGUGUGUCAAAUAGAGCACAUUCUUCUUGAAAAUUUUGAAGACAACUCGGGUGUGGGUUUUAUUAAUGUGACAGAACAAAGGUAAACAAUGCAAAAAGAAUACAAGAUGGUCUUUGACUGCUCAGGGUCCACUGUGGCUCUAAUGAGACAGUAUUCGUGUAGUAGUAGAAUGGUUAUUAUAUCAUGUCUGAAAGAGGCGACCUACGUUAUUUGAUUAAAGUGUUUUGAAAUUGAAAUAGGAACAAACCACUAAGGGAUAAAGUUGAACAAGAGAAUGAAUUUAUCAUCUGGCUGAUAUGUCACCCUGACCAAAAUAUUUAAUAUUUAGUAGUUAUAGGCAGCAAGAUACUGUAUUGUCCUAGACUGUCUUGUGCUUUAACACUGAACAUCUGACUUCUAAUACCAACAAGUCCCUCCAAAAUAAAUAUAUUCUUCUUUUUUUUUUACUUAAUGACUUCAUACUGCCUUAGUUUUUUGUUUGUUUCGAUGGAAUGGUUAAAUACAAAAUUUUGUGUUCAGGCAGCAAGAAUUAGGCAUUUUGUUUUACCAUAAUAUAAUUAAACAGCCAUUGCUAAUAGUGGAAGUUGAUGAGCUGUGUUGGAUAUUAAGCUCAACACAAUCAUUUACUUCUGUGAUUGAUAACAGAAUUUGUCUUGGUUGUGUUGUGUGAGCAGUGUUUUUUAAAUCUCAUUAUUUUGUGCACGUGUUAGUGCUUUUUAUGAUUAACAUGUUGCUGAUGAGUCAUUAGGAUCUUGUAUACACACAGAAGUCAUGUUACGUAUCCUUGGCUUCCUUACGCAAGCCACGAAGUGCCCUGUGCUCUGCUCUCCAAAUUGAAGAGAAGUACUAAGUGGUUCUUAUACUCAAAUUUGAACUAGAUGAAGGAGCUCUGAUUCCUAGAUGUGAGCUUGUGUCACAUCUAUCAUCCAUCUCAGUUUUUUUACGGGUGUGUGAAGACCACAAAACAUGAAUUUGCAUCUAUUUUGAAUUAAUGUGUCUUUUGAAUUAAUGUGCUCUUUCCCUCUGAAAGCAAUUUAUUUUGGGGAAUUAUAAUGUGAAGAAACUUAUUAUUUUUCUUCCUGUCUGCAUUUAACAAGGAUAGUAAGCAGUAUUUAAAAUGAAACUUGGUAAAGUUACAGUACCUUUUAUUACUAGAAACAUUGUAACAUACAAAUAUGUAUGCUUUUCAUGUAAAAUAAAUGAAUAUCAGGUC